AUGCAGACCGGAGAGACGUGGGCAAGCAUGCGAGAAAGCGUUGACAAGGUGGGCAUGUCUCUCACACUGCGCCUAUCUGACCGCAAGCCAAUGUCGACUCAGACAGCCAAGGAAGCUGGAUCUGGAUGGGCUCAAGGCUACUCUGUGGUAUGGGCAUACGUGGGCAUGCUAAUACCGCAGCAGAUUCUCGAGGAGACUGAGGUGGAUCGCACAUUAGAUUGUGAGACACAAAAUAAGAGCCACAAAAUGGUCGUCAGCAAUCUAACCCGUCUAUAUCAGGAUGGAUGGAGGACAUCGGAACUGUAA